GUUUUAUGAUUUGAUCAAUUGAUUUGCCCAAAGAAUAGCUUCUCUCUGAAGAUCGAUUUAUAAAAGCAGAAUAAAAAUCUAAGAUUAUUAGUGGUCAUUAAUUUUUACAUGGCUUUCAAUAAUUAUUAUUAGAGAUAUCUAACAUACGUAUAAUUGUCAAUAAAUAAUAAAUUGUUUUAUUAUUAUUGGAUUAUGAUUGAUAGAAUAGUAUUGUAUACCCUUAAAAUAGUAAUCAGAGAGAUAAUUGAGAAAUUGGGGAAGAAUAGAAAUAAAUUGAUUUACUUAUAUUGAGAAGAGUUAUUAAUUAAAGAGAUGUGAUAUUGAG